UCUUGCAACUGUGAUACAAAUGAUGAUGUGUGGAGGACAGAUGAAGGAGUCAUAACGGAUAAGUCAGCAUUGCCAAUCAAGGCGAUCAGAUUUGGAGUGACGGAUAUAACAAGAUCAAUGGCAUUCUACCGUAUAGGCAAGCUUCGCUGCUGGGGAACAAUUUCAGAACCUCCAAUCUUAGAAUCGUGCACUGCUCUCAAAGAAGCUGGUAUCAGUGAAUCGGGGAAAUAUUUAAUUGACCCAGAUGGUGUGGACAAAGGAUUUCCUGAAUUUGAGGUCUUCUGUGACAUGUCAUCUCAAUCUGGUAUAACAGUUAUAGGCCAC